AUGAGCACUGCGACCGCUGAGGGGGAAGCUGAAGCUGCUGCCGCCGCCGCCUCCAGACUCUCAUCGUCGUCCCGCUCUUUAUUCCUCUCAGCCGGUGGCUGCACGGUGGGACUUCCCGAAGAGGAGAACGGGGAGCCUCGCAUGAGGGCUGCGGCGGAAGAAGAGCAGCAGCAGCAGGAGGAGGAGAGCAAGGCUCGGCUCGCCCUCUGCCUAGUCCCUGAGGCCGGGGAAGAGAUGAAAGAAGUAGAAGAAUGUAUAGAAGAGAUGUUAAUAAGACUGGAUGAGUUCUGUGGAAUGACUGAUAUGAUUAGAAGUGAUACAUCCCAACUUUUGGAUGAAGCAAUUCCACUAAUUAAAGCCAAGGUGAUAGAAAUGAGCAGCAUCUAUACAAAAGUGGAUAAAUUAGAGGCAUUUGUGAAAAUGGCUGGACGCCAUGUGUCUUUCCUAGAAGAGCAAGUGCUCCAAGCAGAGAAGGCUCAUGCCAUCUUCCCCAACACUGUCCAGAAGCUGCUUGGGUCAUUAGCUAUCCCUUCAUUUAAAAAAAAAUGUACUCCAGCUCCAUCGCACACUUACAACCUCCCAGAACUUUACAGAACUGAAGAUUAUUUUCCUAUCAAAUAUAUAGGUAGCACAUAUCAAAGCCAUUAGUAUUGUAUUUAAGUUGUCUACAGCUUUAUAGCCAAAGGAAGAAUGGCAACAUUUCUGACUUGUAUCUCUGCCAUUAAGGAGCAACUAAUCAUGGUAGGCUAAGUUUUGCUAUUUUUAUUUUUAAAUGUCCUCUGUGCUAUCAACUUUUAAGCUAGCUGUUUGUUUUGUAUUUCCAUUUGACACUUGAGACAUGUUUAUGUAAACAAAGAACAGGAGACGACCAUUUAAGAUGUCAAAAUUUGAUGAAUCUACUUACCUUAAGUAGUACUCUGAUUGCAGUGAAGAAGAUGCUUUACUAUUUUGAGUACAACUGCUACAGGCUAUUAUUUAUGCUAGGGCUGCUUCGGUGCAGAAUUUCUAUUUUGAAAGUAGCCUAUGAGGUGGAAUUUGAAAUUCAAAAGAAAAAAUAGUGUCCAUUCUAUUUUCCCCUAUUAGGCAACACAGAUAAUUCAAAAUUCUUGUGUAAUGUUAACUUGAAUGUUACAAAUAAAGUUCUGAAAAUGUGUUUGGUGUAAUGUUGCAGCAUGACACCCUCUAAAUAAUAAAAAUAGCUAAUAUACACUGAAAAUCUAACACACCCAAUAAGCACACACAUGCUUUUGAGGGGUAGAUCCUUUUGGCUACAGGCUCAGCUACAGUACAUAUAAGUCACUAGACUAGAGCCAGGCUCCUCUGCACAAAACAGAGCAGUCCUCAUACUUACACCAAAUGCAGGAUUUGACUAAUGCAGUGGUAUUUCAGCUCCUUUUCCUAAUCCAGCAUUUUUAUGAGUUCAGUUCCCUCUAUACAAAGUACUGCCCCAUGCAUUUCAACCAAGAUACUUUGAUCACCAUGUAUAUUGCUCUGUGCACAUGGAUCUGCCUCUUGAAAUGAAUGGGGCAGUCUGUGCAUGUGUAAGUCCCCUGUGUGCCUUGGAGGACAAGGUGUGUCCUGAUUCAGAGUGCUCAGCAGUCACUGCAGAUGCUGAGUUUCCAGGACCUGUUAUCUUAGAACCGCUCAUGAGUUACUCCAGAUCUUCACACCAGCACAUAAGCUGCUUAGAAUACACACACAACUAACCAAGCGUAUUGACACUAUAUCACUAGAAAUGUAGAUUUAAGAAUAAAUUGCCAUUUCAAUAAAAGUAAAUAGAUCAGUAUUGAUGACUAUAUCAGAAAUAGAAGAUCAGACUGCUAGAUUUCCAUCUGCUGUGACUUUUCAUGAAUGCAAUAACUGCAUUAUAAAAAUGAAAGUGGAGCUAUUACCCCAGGCCUGACCCCAGAAGACCAACAAAUAUAUUUUGCAGGUUGACUGCAUGUUACUUACACUGGAUACUAUAAUUGUUAAUCUUGUGCAGUGUCAUAUAGACCAAAAUAAACUAGAGUGAAGACACUUAAAUUGUGUUUUUUUUUACUUUGGUGAUGCAUUACACACAAACACUCAAAUUCUGAUAUGCUGCAAUUUGGAAGCAAAUAGUUAUGGUAAAAAUAGACCUGAAUUGAAAAGCAGACAAAAUAGUUUAUAACCAGUGAAAUGUAAGAAAAUUACAUG